UGGCCCCCGGCAGCGCCGCGGAGCCGGAGCGAGGGUGACCGCCCGCGGGGGACACCGCGCCGCUGGCCUCGGAGGACUUUUACUAUAAUUGCCAUCAUUGUUGUUGUUAUUAUUAUUAUUAUUAUUGGGGGUUUAAUUUUUUAAUUCUUUCGCGGGGCAGCGGUUUUUUUUUCCUCCUCCUUCGGCGCGGUGGAAAACACACGUUUUAGACCAAAAUCCCAAACCAGCCCAUCCAUCCUCUUUGCUUUGCGCUUCGCAGCAACUUGGAGCCCGUUAAUUGCACUUGGCGAUGGAUGAGUUCCACCCCUUCAUCGAGGCGCUGCUCCCCCACGUCAGGGCCUUCGCCUACACCUGGUUCAACCUGCAGGCCCGCAAGCGCAAGUACUUCAAGAAGCACGAGAAGAGGAUGACGAAGGAUGAGGAGAGGGCGGUGAAGGACGAGCUGCUGAGCGAGAAGCCGGAGGUGAAGCAGAAAUGGGCCUCGCGCCUCCUGGCCAAGCUGCGCAAGGACAUCCGGCCCGAGUGCCGCGAGGACUUCGUGCUCUCCAUCACGGGCAAGAAGCCCUCGUGCUGCGUCCUCUCCAACCCCGACCAGAAGGGCAAGAUGCGCCGCAUCGACUGCCUGCGGCAGGCGGACAAGGUGUGGCGGCUGGACCUGGUCAUGGUCAUCCUCUUCAAAGGGAUCCCGCUGGAGAGCACCGACGGCGAGCGCCUGGUCAAGUCGGGCCAGUGCACCAACCCCAUCCUCUGCGUCCAGCCCCACCACAUCAGCGUCUCCGUCAAGGAGCUCGACCUCUACCUGGCCUACUUCGUCCGUGAGAGAGAUGCAGAGCAGAGCAGCAGCCCCCGGACAGGCAUUGGCUCGGACCAGGAGGACAGCAAACCCAUCACGCUGGAUUCAACAGACUUCCAGGAAAGCUUCGUCACCUCGGGGGUGUUCAGUGUCACCGAGCUCAUCCAGGUGUCCCGAACGCCGGUGGUGACGGGCACAGGGCCAAACUUCUCCCUGGGGGAGCUGCAGGGCCACCUGGCCUAUGACCUGAACCCCUCCAGCACCGGCAUGAGGAGGACACUGCCCAGCACCUCCUCCAGCGGGAGCAAACGGCACAAGUCGGGGUCCAUGGAGGAUGACAUUGACACCAGCCCUGGGGGCGAGUACUACACCUCCUCCAACUCCCCCACCAGCAGCAGCCGCAACUGGACAGAAGACAUGGAAGGGGGCAUCUCCCCCACUGUGAAGAAGACGGAGAUGGACAAGUCCCCCUUCAACAGCCCAUCACCCCAGGACUCCUCGCCCCGGCUGAGCAGCUUCACGCAGCACCACCGUCCCGUCAUCGCUGUGCACAGUGGUAUCGCCCGAAGCCCGCACCCAUCGUCUGCGCUGCAUUUCCCCACCACCUCCAUCCUUCCCCAGACGGCCUCCACCUACUUCCCGCACACGGCCAUCCGGUACCCGCCUCAUCUCAACCCGCAGGACCCGCUCAAAGAUCUCGUCUCGCUGGCCUGCGACCCGUCCAACCAGCAGCCCGGACCGUUAAAUGGAAGUGGUCAAGUGAAAGUGCCCAGCCACUACCUGCCCACGCAGAUGCUGGCGCCGCCACCUCCCCCCGGCAUGCCCCGCUUGGCCGUCUCUCCUGACACCAAAUCCACCACGACAACUUCCGAGGGAGGGACGACCUCGCCGACAUCACCCACCUACUCUGCACCAGGCACGCCCCCUGCGAACCGUUCCUUCGUGGGAUUAGGACCAAGGGAUCCUGGGAGUAUCUAUCAGGCACAGUCCUGGUACCUGGGAUAAUCGCCGCCGUGCCGCCCCUUCGCCUCCCUUCUCCUCUGCUUUAGGCACCCCCAGAGGAACAUCCCCGUCCCCGAGCACCAGGCCCAGCCUUGCGGUGACGACGGAGAGCGCGGCCUCACGACGACGACGACGACGACGACAAGCAAAACCCACACCCGAAGGAAAGAGCAAGGGAAAGGAAGAAGGAAAAGGGUCAAACUGUUUUAAAAUGGAAGAAAAAAAAAAAAAAAAACAAAACCCCACAAACAAAAAAACAAACAAACCAACAACCCAUCCCAGGAGGACCUUUCCCCCCCACCCCGGCGAUGCGCCAGAAAACAAAGAAACAGGAAAAAAAGAAAAAAAAAAAAAAAGAAAGAAAAAACACUAUUCUUUACCCCGUGGGCCGGCGCCGCGCUGAGACCUGACACGAGCGGUGCCAGCGCUGCCUCCCGGCCCCGCCGGCCGCUCGCCCAAUAUGCAAACGGCUUUGACUCUCUCGUUCUUGCCUCUAUGUGAGUAACAAAGAUCAAAACCUCCCCCGCCGACCCCCCCGGCCCCAGACUGUCGGGGGUUCGUGGGGCUGGGCCGGGGACCCCUCCCGGGAACCCUCCCGGGGACCCCUCCCGGGAACUCCUCCCGGGAACCCCUCCCGGGGAGCCCUUCCCGCUGCCGCAGCCCCGCGGGGCAGAGCGGGGCGCUCCCGGGCGGGCGGGUGGCGCUCGGUGCUGUGCGAGCGCCCCGGGGUCGGUGCCAUCGCGCUGCGGUGACACGGUGACAUCGCGCUGCGGUGACGGUCGUGCGGUGGCACAGUGGAUGGAGCGGGUGGCACAGGAGGAGGGGGGUUGUGACCCCAGCGGGUGCACGGGCACAGCCGGGACGGUCGCGGCGGCGGUGGCACCUCGGUUCCCGCUCGGACACGGUGUCGGUGUCGGUGUCGGGACGCUCCCACCUCGCCCCACGCGUCACAGCGGCGGUGGCACCCCGGUUCCAUCACGGGGACUGUCGCAGCCCGGCGGCCACGGUCGCGCCGAGGCUCCGGUCACCAUCUCUCUGGUCGCCUUCCUCCCCCAAGCCUGCACCGGCCCGGGCCCGUGUGUCCUCAGCCGUGUCCCCAGCCGUGUCCCCAGUGUCCCCGUGUCCCCAGCCGUGUCCCCGCGCCCGGGGUUAACGGGGCAGGGGGCCGUGCGUCCGUGUGUUUGAGCUAUGCAUUCCUGUGGACAGGUACCGGGGGGGGGAGGCAGGGUGCGCUCGUGUUGCACAUUUUGUAGGAAAUGCACUUUUAAGAGGGAAUCAUCAUAAAAAAAAAAAAAAAAAAAAGAAAAAAAAAAAAAGGAGGAAAAAGAAGAAGAGAAAAGAAAACAAAAUCACAAAAAAAGAGGAAGAGGAGGAGGAGGUGGAGUCCCCGGCACCGACUUGCCGGGACGGCUGGUUUGGGGUUUUUGGGUUUGGUGGUUUUGUUUUUUUUUUUUUUUUUUUGGGUUUGGCUUUUUUUUUUUUUUUUUUUUUUUUCUUCUUUUUUCUUUUUGGAUACAAAAGGAUGGAGCAGAGAAGCCCGAGCGACGGCGAGGGCAGAGCCAGCCCCCCCGGAGCCCCCCGGAGCCCCCGGCCCCGCGUCAAGUGCCUGAACUGCGGCGGGGAGGGGUCCCGGAGGAGCCGCCCCCGUCCCGUGCGGUGACAGCGGGGCCGGGAAGGGGACACAGGGACGUGGCAGUGCCUUAGAGCAGAGCGACCCCCGCGACGAGGAGGAGGAAGAGGACGAAGGUGCCCGUUGUCCCAGCGAGAUGAGGACACUGAUCCCCCAAGCAUCUCCGGCCCCGGGGACACCCGAACGGUGCUGAUGGAGAGAAGCCACCGCGGAGCUCCAGGAGCUCCAGGGGACAUCACCGAGGCCACCAUCGCCACCCGCCUGGCCCCCAGCGCCGCCCCGAGGAGCAGCGAGCGGCACCGCAUCCCCAUCCCAGCGACCCCCGCUUCCCCCCCGCUUCCCACCCCCGGGACGGCACAACGAGACACCGGGGAAAGGGCUGACGCAGGAAAUCCCGGGAGACAGAAAAAUUAUAAAAAAGGACAAGAAAAGGAGAAAACCCACCAGAAAAAAAAAAAAAAAAAAGGAAAAAAAAAAAAAAGAAAAGAAAAAACAACAAAAAAAAAGCGCUUGGCGGAGAGGGAAACCUGUUUUUUUUUUUAAAGAUCUGAGAAAAGAAACACAUAAAAAAAGACAAAAAGACAAAAAAAAAAAAAAAAAAAGACAAAUAAA